CGCAUUCCUGACCCAUCAGUUCCAAUUUGUUUAUUCACAGCUGUCCAGUGGACAGUCAUUGACGUCCUCCCCAAUGAGGGUAAGCUCAGCUGCAAAGGUCCCUGCUCAGGAAGCAGACAGUUCACACAGGGCGGUAUUAUUUUAAAAAGCUAGUGGAAGAAAAACAUAGAAAAGGCAUAAAAAGGUGCAUAAGAAACAACAUUGAAUGGAUUGUGACUCAAAGCCCGUUCAAGGAUUGAGAUUGAUGAGGUGUGGGCAGCAGCUGGAUUCAGUCAGAGGAAAGCCAUUUUUGCAUUUCAUUUUAAAACCAAGGACCCAGAGUCUGGUAGAAGAGCAGAGAGGAACAGGAUCCAAGCUGCUUGAGGUCCAGUGAAGUUUUUUCUAGCCUGUCUGUGAUAACUUGUGUCACCUGCUGGUCCAGAUUAUUUAUUUAUUUUUUUUUAUCAAGACCAGAGACAGCAUUUUUUCAGCGAAGGGACUUUGACAAGCUUUGUGGAGAUGCUGAUUUCAUUUUCCAUCAGGACUUGCCACCUGGCUGCGAUAAGUACAAACAGAUUCAUGACCUUAGCCUCAGAGAAAAUGAGCUGAAAGUCAAAUAAAGCAAACUGGACUUCUUAACACCUGAUCAGCACUACAGGCGAGGCAUCUCCAGCCCUGCACUGAUGCCAAAAGAGCCUCAACCAAAUAUUAAAAAGCAUUUUAUGUAGAUUUGUAUUUGUAAAUUACCUCUAAGGCAUUGCGACACUAACAAACAUAAUCAGAUUUUACUCUGAUUUUACUCAUUUUCAGAUUGGAAAUGAAUUUGUCGACCAUCUUCUAAUUUCUUGACACGUACCAGCAGUCUGCCCCAACAUGCGUCUCUCUUUAAAUGGGAAGGAUUCAGCUGCUGGGAGGUAAACAAAAGUUCAUCGGUGUGUUGCCGUGAGAGUAUAGGCAGGGCUUCCUCAGCAUGAGUGUGUCUGUACCUUUAAGACAAACUGCGACGCAGCAGCGGUGAGGAAGUGAGAGAGCAAACUUUCGUUUCCCCCGUGAAACUUUUUAUUUAUACCUGCGAGGCUCUGCUUCAGAAACGGGAACCAACAAACAACUGAGACUAGAAGUAGCAGAGAGGGGGGAGGCGUCCGCAUGUCUCUGCCUGGCAGGUGGACACUUUGUUCAUUCUGCAAGAGAAUCCUGAGACCGACGUGAUGGAGGCAACUGUGGGAGAACAGCUCAUUGAGGAUAGCAAUCAGGUUGUAGCGCCUCCCAAUGGUGGCGCGGGCGAACUGCUGGAUGUGGGGCAAGAGGGAGAGAUGGAGGAGUUUCUGGGCCCACAGGCACAGUACAAUGAGGAGGAGGAAGAAAGGAAGUACUACAGAAGAAAGCGGCUGGGAGUCAUCAAGAAUGUUGCUGCCAGCAGCUUUGGAGCCAUGAUUGUGUACAGUGUUUAUAUGGGCCUUUUACAGAUGCAGCUGACUCUUCAUUAUGACAUGACCUACCGUGAGGUAAAAUACAGCAACCUCGGUCUUGAGGACAUCGACCGGAAGAUGCUGAUGGGCAUCAACGUGACCCCGAUUAUCGGCCUCCUUUACACCCCCGUACUCAUCAGGUUUCUUGGCAUUAAGUGGAUGAUGUUUCUGGCCUCAGGAAUCUAUGCACUAUUUGUCUCAACCAACUACUGGGAGCGGUACUACACAUUAGUCCCUUCAGCUGUAGCCAUUGGUGUGGCCAUUGUGCCUUUUUGGGCUUCUUUGGGAAGUUACAUAACAAGGAUGGCGCAGCAGUACUAUGAAUACGCCAACUACAAGGAGGAGCACGUUCAGGAGCAGAGGAAGCUUCCAAAGGGGGCGUGCUACAGCUACAUCAUCACCUUCCAGUCCAUUUUCUUUGUCAUCUUCAAUCUGAGCUUCGUCUUCGCCGAGUUCCCCAUGCGUCUCGUCCUCCACGAAUACCUGCAUGAAAACAGCCACGUUCUCUGCAACGUGAAAACAUGUGGUGCUGCAAUCAAAGGCAUCAUCCCGGGCUUCAACAGCACCGUUCUGAGAAACCUGCCCCGCUCCAUGCUGCUCAUCGAGGUGGAGAGCAUCCUGAUGGGUUUCGCCUUCCUCGCCAUGAUUAUUUUCCUGCUGCUGUGUGGCCCCGCCUACCGACCGACGGAGGAGAUCGACCUCCGGAGCAUCGGCUGGGGGAACAUCUUCCAGCUGCCCUUCAAGCACCUGCGGGAUUACCGCCUGCGGCUGCUCUGCCCUUUCUUCAUCUACAGCGGCCUGGAAAUGCUGUUUAUCAUCAGCGGAUUCUCACUGUCCUAUGGCGUCUGCAUUCUGGGCAUAAAAACCCUCUGGCUCCUCAUCCUGGUCUACGGCCUCUCCUGCUCCGUGUUCUCCCUCCUCUCUCUCAGCCUCCUGCGCCUCCCACGAUGGGUGUGUCUGAUGGGGGGCGCUGCGGUGCAUGGAGUCCUGCUGGUGGUUCUCCUCGCUCUGACUGUUAAGCCAAACUCACCGGAGUAUCUGGGUCCCCUGCUGGGGAUCACGGUGCUGUGGGGACUCGGCAGCGCCCUGAACAAGACAGGGGUCAGCAUUGUUGUCGGCCUUCUGUACGCUGAGGAAAAAGAGCGCCUGGAUUUCAUCUACACCAUCUACCACUGGUGGCAGGCCAUCGCCAUCUUUGUUGUCUACCUCUGGUCCCAGAUGCCCAUGAGGGCUAAACUGUCCAUCCUGCUGGCUACGUUGUUACUGGCGUGCUACUGUUAUUGGGUGAUGGAGCGCCGCGUGGCACAGAAAGUGAAGCCCAGAAUGCCUCGCAUCCCUCGGCCAAGACACAAGGUGAAAGGCUACCGCUACCUGGAAGAGGACAACUCUGAUGAGUCAGAUUCAGAGGGAAGCGAGGAGGAUGACGACGAAGACGAGGAAGAGCGGACGGAGGAGGAUGAGCGCGUUGUGGAGGAGAUGGUAGCAGGGGACAGGGAGGAAGGAGGCCGGGACGCCAGAGCCGAGGGCGCUGACUCGCCCGGAGCCCGGAGAAGAGGGGCCGAAGGUCGGGGGGCCCACGCGGAGGACGACGGGAGGGAGAUAUGACAAAAUGAAAGAACGAGGAACACGUGGAAGCGCUACGCUACCAUAAUGUUAACUGGCUAUAUGUUUAAAGCUCAAAGGGAAGAAGGCCUUGAGCAGCGAAACGUUCUGCAUUAUGGUCACAUCUGGGUAGAAUCGUCUGUGGAUCGUCCUAAGAGCUGGUUAGUGCGGCCAGCUUUGCCUUUUUCAGAUCAUUGGAGUGGGAAGGUGGCAUACGCCUCGACAUUUUACACAUUUUUAUGUAUUUCUCUGGUGUGUUAUGUGACAGACCAACACUUUUACUUCACAUUGUUGCCCCACAUUCAUCUCCAUCCGUCAUCCCACAACCUCUGAUUAGUUUAACUGCCCCUUCUGGGAAAAAAAAGCAUCCCCACAGCAUGAUGCUUCCACCAUCAUGCUUCACCAUGGUGAUUGUUUGUUUCACAAUUAUGUGAUACUUUGUGUUGGUCUAUCACAUCAAAUCCUAAGGAAAUACAUUAAAGGUUCUGGUUGAUGAAGUCUGGACAAUUUCCCUGCUAAUAAGCACCUUAACAAGGAACUACAGCUCUUGUUUGGUCGAUUUUUAAACAUAAAAAUGUUCAUAAGUUUAUGGGCAAACAGAUGUUUUCCCCCUCAUGUCUUAAAAUGUUAUAUUUUUACAUGUGUAGAAAUAUUUUGCAGUAUAUUGAGGGCUGUACUUUCCAAUGCUUGAUCACACUCUGAGUCUACAGUUGCAUAUCUCUUCAGUUUCUUAACCACAUGUAUCUUAGCAGAUGCUUAAAAUUCAUACACAGUUUUAUGCAUGUUUUUUUUCUUAUUUUUAACCUAAGCAGCUGCCUUGAGGAGGCCAUGACAGUCUUUAAGGGUGAUAAAGCCUUAGAGAUAAAAAACACAUAUUUUUCAGAUAUCAGUGUUUUAUAAAAUUUUGUUGGAAGGAAAGUUUUAAAAUCUUUUUUUAUCUUAAAUGUAUGUUUUUUUUAUGUAAUUUUGAUGUUUUUGGAUGAGACUGUAUGUUUCUUGUUAACAUGUUCUGUCUACAGGGGGGCAACAAUUUAGAGCACAAUGCUUUCAGUUUUCUAUCCGCUCAAUUUGCGCUCCAUGUUUACCAGAGCUGUCGAUGAGCAGGAUCUUUUGUUGAAUCUGCGGAGUACUUGGCUGUAAAAGAAAGAUCUGAAAGAGACAGAUUUGAAUAAUAAUAAUAAAAAAAAUUAGCAAUUGAUUUUAUCAUUUGAAUAGCAGCAUGAAAACUUUGUAUUAACAGCAGCAAUUUUAAGAGAGCCUGCUUUAUUCUGUUGAAUGUGAAGGAUAGCAGAGAAAAAUAUGAAUGUGCCCUUAGAUUUAAUACAGUUCAGUAUUCAGCAGUUCCUAAGGUGAACCAAGAAGGAUGGCUGUUUAGUUAGCAGCUUUUAUUGCCAUUGGAAAAUUCAUAAAAUCUGCAAAAA